GACCUAAUCAGCAGAAUCUAGCGCCCUAGCUUCCUGACCAUACUGUGGCCCACAAACUUUGGACUCAGAUUCGCACCCGUGUCGGUUUCGAGGAAUCAGCCACCGCUGUUAGGUCUAUGUGCGUCUCUGGGUGGUGAAUGGGGUAUGUUUGCGACCUUUCGCCGGCUGCGUCGGUAAAACUUCACUGUCUGUCGAACGAGAGUGUCGUUACUAGCUGCCCUCUGCUUCAGCUUUACAUCUCGUAGCAGGAGCGUGCCAGGUACUAUAAAGAGCUCCGAUAAGCAUCUUCUCAAACCACGGCUUCCUCCUCCCCCCCUACCCUCAAAGCACCCCACAUAUCCAAUUCGACUCAAUAACAUUUUAUGGAUCCGACGAGGACAUCUUUGACAUCGAGGUCCACCAUGAUAUUUAUCCUACUAUCGACCCUAAGGUCCACUACGAGGCGCAGACAUUCGUGGGCAUGGUGGUCUUCAUCACCGGUGCCUCUCGUGGCAUUGGAGAAGAGACGGCAUUGCAGUAUGCUCGUGCUGAUGCACUUCUCGUGCGAACAGAGGACUCUGGAUCUAGUGAAAGCCUCUAUUCAGGAGGAAGUGCCGAAAGCGCAGGUGUUGACAUUCCCCGUCGAUGUCGUCCGUACGCAGGACAUGGCACAGGCCGUCUAGGCCACUGUCGACCGAUUCGGGCGACUUGAUAUUCUCGUUGCGAAUGCCGCGCAAGCAAGACCCAUGGACGAGCCUUUCGCACAACGAGAUCCUGAUGGCUGGUGGAAUGUCGUUGAGAUCAACCUCCGCGGAGUUUACAAUGCUGUCCAAAAACCCACGGACGUUCUGUAAUCGUGACUUUAUGUGCUGCCAACGUUCGAAUCCCCUUUGCCAGCGAUUAUUGCAUCUCCAAGCAUGCGCUAGUACGACUAGUGGAAUACAUCGUUCUUGAGCAUCCUAGUGUCAAGGCUUUUAUGUUCCAUCCUGGCGUCAUUCCGACGCGGAUAGGCAUAGAGUCCUUGGUGCCACUUCCCCUUGUCGAUACCGUUGCCCUUGCCGCGGCAAGCACGCUGCACUUCACGACCGGGAAGACCGAUUGGCUGACUGGGAGGUUCGUCUCCGCCAACUGGGACUUGACGAACUAGAGAGAAAAUGGAAGACGAAGAUAGUAGAGCAGAUAGUAGAGCAGAACAUCCUUGUGAGCAAGCUGUCUCUUCCGCAGUAGGCAGAGUGCACCCGCAAACACGAAGUGUUCCUCCUUGUAUUUUGACAAUUUGUCGAAGUGGCACGCUUGUCCAUUACGACCCGUACUUCACCUUUCCUCUGGAUUUACAGCAGACGGUGUGCUCUUACGGAAAGCAAUCCUGAAAUGAAAAUUCAAUAAAAGCGCCGU